AGUCGUACUGGGUAAUAAAAAGUUACAAAAACUUCAUACAUAACAAUUGCUAGUCUAUUACUGUCCCUUCAACCUUUUCAAACCACUUUUAGGCUUAAGAUUUGUCAGCUAUUUGUUUGGUUUUGAGUCUUUUGCCCCCUAAUCCCUCCAAUGGAGAGGAGAGGAGGAAAAAAAAACACUCUAUUGGGGGACCCACUAAUCUUCUUAAACAGUACAGCCACACUCUUCUUUCAUAUAUGCCUGUCUUCAGCACUCUGACUCACUCUCUCAGCCUGCAUUUAUACACAAGCAAUCAUUAUUCUUUCUCCAUACAGCUAGCUCUCUUGAUCAUCCAUCUUCUUCCAUUUUUAUGGAUUUCUUUCCAUUCCUACUUCUAAUCCUUAUGGUCCCUUUAACUUCAAGCAAUGCUCAGUGGCCACCUUCUCCUGGCUACUGGCCAAGCUCUAAGUUCAGGUCCAUGACCUUUUAUGAUGGAUAUAGAAACCUCUGGGGUCCUACGCACCAAAGAUUUGACCAAAAUGCAUUGACAAUCUGGCUCGAUCAUACUUCAGGAAGUGGGUUCAAGUCUGUUCGUGCAUUUCGAUCUGGGUACUUUGGUGCCUCCAUUAAGCUUCAACCUGGUUACACUGCAGGUGUCAUAACUGCUUUCUAUCUCUCCAACAAUGAAGCUCAUCCAGGUUUCCACGAUGAAGUGGACAUUGAGUUCCUGGGGACGACAUUUGGGAAACCUUACACCUUGCAGACCAAUGUUUACAUCAGAGGGAGUGGGGAUGGGAGGAUUAUUGGCAGAGAGAUGAAGUUUCACUUAUGGUUUGAUCCCACCAAGAAUUUUCAUCACUAUGCUAUUUUGUGGAGUCCUAAAGAGCUCAUAUUCCUUGUGGAUGACGUUCCCAUCAGAAGGUACCCGAGGAAGAGUGCUGCAACCUUUCCACUGAGGCCAAUGUGGGUUUAUGGUUCUAUAUGGGAUGCUUCCUCAUGGGCCACUGAAGAUGGCAAAUAUAAAGCUGACUAUAGGUACCAGCCAUUCAUGGCACAGUACACCAAUUUCAAGGCCAGCGGUUGCUCCGCCUACGCUCCCACUUGGUGCCGCCCGGUCUCCGCCUCUCCAUUCCUCUCCGGAAGACUGACCAGACAACAAAACUGGGCCAUGAGAUGGGUUCAAAGCCACCAUUUGGUGUAUGACUAUUGCAGGGACCCCAAGAGAGACCAUUCCCUAACACCUGAGUGCUGGGGUUGAAAGUAAAACCUGGAAUUAUCGCCAUGUCCAUUCUUAUUAUGCAAAGGGCGCGUAUCACUCUAAUUUUCACCUUGUGAUGAUGAUUACUAUUUUUUUGAGAUUUUAGUGAGUGUCUUGAGAUGGGUACCACUUGCCAGCAAGUUUGAUGCAAGGGUACUUCAGCGUCCAAGGCACUCCCAACAAAAGAAAUAAAAUAUUGGGAAAUUUUGUGUGUGGAUUUCUGUUGGAAAAUACAUUUAAUAAGGGGGAGAGAGACUAGAGGUAUUGAAUACAAAGUGAUGGGGGUUGGGUUCUUUUGGGAAGGCUUUUCACUUCGAAUAAUAAAGCAGGAGUUUCUGUACUGUGUGUUAAUUACUAUGAAUAUUGGCAUGAAAAUUGUGAUACUUUAUGAUUGCUCAAGCUGAGUUGAAUUAAAGUCAAAUAAAUGUAUCAUUUGAAUUUAAAAUAUUCAUAUCUCCAUCUUCUAUGGUUUCUCUGUUA